CGCAGGAGCCCCACGUGCAGGGGGGGAUUUAAAUCGCGCUCCCCGACUGGGUGAUCUUGCAUGCUGCCUGCACUGACCUUGGAGCCCCCGCACUCCCCGACCCGGGACCCCUGGAUGCCUGCCUGCUUGUGAGGGUUUUUAUUUGAUUUCAAUGAUUGCCAACGUGCAGAGGGAGAGCCGGCUGGGGACCCCCCGGCUGGCUCCGUGCAGACCCCGCUCCAAGAGGCUGGAGAGCGACGAGCCUCCUGCGAAAUGCCCCAGGCUUGCUGAGUCCCCGCCGGACAGUGGCUUGUUGCCCUCCCCUGGAUCCCCCCAUCUCCCAGCGCCCCAUAGCGCUUCCCCCCAGCACCAAGGACCUACCUGUCUCGGGAACUACCUACUGCUGCCAGCCGGGGACCGGGAGCACGUGUCCAGAGCCCUGAACCUGCACACCGGAGAGGAGCUUCUGUGCAAGGUCUUCUCCUUGAAGCACUACCAGAAGAAGAUAGAACCUUACGUGCACCUGCCCUGCCACCCGAACAUCACCGGGAUCGUAGAAGUCAUUCAAGGGGAGAGCAAGGUGUACGUCUUCUUGGAAAAGGAUUUUGGCGACAUGCACUCCUACGUAAGGAGCUGCAAACGACUGUGUGAAGAAGAAGCUGCCAAACUCUUUAGGCAGAUCAUCUGCGCCGUGUCCCACUGCCACCGGUAUUCCAUCGUCCUGGGAGACCUCAAGCUGAGGAAGUUCGUGUUUUCGGACAAAGAAAGGACUAAGCUGAGGUUAGAAAGCUUAGACGAUGCCCACAUCAUGAAGGGCAGCGACGACGCUUUGUCCGACAAACACGGCUGUCCGGCUUACGUCAGCCCUGAAAUCUUGAACACCACGGGAUCUUACUCUGGGAGGUCGGCGGAUGUUUGGAGCCUGGGAGUGAUGCUCUUCACGCUCUUAGUAGGACGUUACCCCUUCCACGACUCGGACCCUAGUACCCUCUUUUCCAAAAUUCGCCGUGGACAGUACUGUAUUCCCGAUCACGUGUCCCCCAAAGCCAGGUGCCUUAUACGCAGUUUGCUGAGGAAGGAGCCAUCGGAGAGACUCUCGGCCGAGGACAUCUUACUGCACCCCUGGUUCGACGCUGCCUCUCAACCUGGGUACGCGGAUCAGGACACGAGUAGCACGGACCAGCUGGUACCUGAUAUACCCCAAAACUACGACAACAUAGACUCCUUCUUCUGUUAGCCUCCCUAGAAACCGCAUUUCCAGGAGCUUCAUAUGCCUAUGGGCGACCGCCACUCUGCAGAGGCUCCUUCCGUGAGAAAGAA